AAUAUACGGAUCUAAAAGACGUUUCCGGCGUGAAUGAUGAACUAAAUCCAACUGAAGUAUUCAACGCUAAAGAUUUUGCAUUUUCCCGGAGUGUUGCGAUAUAUGUUCCUGCUAGAAAUGGAGCAUAUGGAGAAACUGAGAUCGAUUCGGAUGCAUUGAAUAAAGAUAAUUGA